AAAUUGUCAAAGGCCAGCUGUGAUUGGCAGGUGCGGGUGGGGGCUGAGCGAGGUGGGUCAAGUAGCUUCCGGCCUUGGUGGCAACAGCAGUAGCAGCGUAGAGACGGCGAGACUGCGGUGCGGGAUAAGAAGAAGUAGAAGUUGUCGGAGGCGGAGAUAGACCUCCGUGCCACAAGAUGACGCAGUGGAAUCAGUUGCAGCAGCUGGACACCAGAUACCUGGAACAGUUGCAUCAGCUGUACAGUGACAGCUUUCCCAUGGAGCUGCGCCAGUUCCUUGCUCCAUGGAUUGAGAGCCAAGAUUGGGGUUUUGCUGCCAGUAAAGAGUCUCAUGCAACUCUGGUCUUCCACAACCUUCUUGGGGAGAUAGAUCAGCAAUACAGUAGGUUCCUGCAGGAAUCUAAUGUCCUCUAUCAACACAACCUGAGGCGGAUAAAGCAGUUUCUGCAGAGCAGGUACCUAGAGAAACCAAUGGAGAUAGCACGUAUUGUGGCGAGGUGCCUCUGGGAAGAGGGAAGGCUUCUCCAAACUGCUGCUGCUGCUGCCCAGCAAGGAGGUCCAGCUUCACACCCAACUGCAACUGUGGUGACAGAAAAGCAGCAAAUGUUGGAGCAGCAUCUGCAGGAUGUGAGGAAGAAAGUCCAGGAUCUCGAGCAGAAGAUGAAAGUUGUAGAAAAUCUGCAGGAUGAUUUUGAUUUUAACUACAAGACCUUAAAAAGUCAAAGCGACCUUUCAGAUCUGAAUGGUAACAACCAGUCCGUGACACGGCAGAAAAUGCAACAGCUGGAACAAAUGCUCACUGCCUUGGACCAACUGAGAAGAACCAUAAUUGGUGAUCUGGCUGGUCUCCUGUCUGCUAUGGAAUAUGUCCAAAAGACUUUAACAGAUGAAGAGUUGGCAGACUGGAAGAGAAGACAACAGAUUGCUUGCAUUGGGGGACCCCCGAAUAUCUGCCUCGAUCGACUGGAGAACUGGAUAACGUCUCUGGCUGAGUCUCAGCUGCAGACCCGUCAGCAGAUAAAGAAGCUUGAGGAAUUGCAGCAAAAAGUGUCCUACAAAGGAGACCCCAUCAUUCAGCACCGCCCCAUGCUAGAGGAGCGAAUUGUGGAACUAUUUAGGAAUCUCAUGAAGAGUGCCUUUGAGGUGGAGCGACAGCCAUGCAUGCCAAUGCACCCAGACCGGCCCUUGGUGAUUAAGACCGGCGUACAAUUCACUACCAAAGUCAGGCUGCUUGUCAAGUUUCCUGAACUUAACUACCAGCUGAAAAUAAAAGUCUGCAUUGACAAAGAUUCAGGUGAUGUUGCUGCACUCAGAGGGUCACGCAAGUUCAAUAUCCUUGGUACAAACACAAAGGUGAUGAACAUGGAGGAAUCUAAUAAUGGCAGCUUAUCUGCUGAAUUCAAACACUUGACUCUCAGGGAGCAGCGUUGUGGUAAUGGUGGAAGAGCUAACUGUGAUGCAUCCCUUAUCGUUACUGAAGAACUUCACCUAAUCACGUUUGAGACUGAAGUUUAUCACCAAGGCUUGAAAAUUGAUCUAGAGACUCAUUCAUUACCAGUUGUUGUGAUAUCCAACAUCUGUCAGAUGCCAAAUGCUUGGGCAUCUAUUCUGUGGUAUAACAUGCUUACCAACAACCCAAAGAAUGUCAACUUUUUCACCAAGCCUCCCAUUGGCACGUGGGAUCAGGUGGCUGAGGUUCUAAGCUGGCAGUUCUCCUCCACAACAAAACGUGGCUUAAGCAUUGAGCAGCUAACUACAUUGGCUGAAAAACUUCUAGGUCCAGGAGUGAACUAUUCAGGUUGUCAAAUCACCUGGGCCAAGUUCUGCAAAGAAAAUAUGGCUGGGAAAGGGUUUUCCUUCUGGGUCUGGCUGGACAAUAUCAUUGACCUUGUGAAAAAAUACAUUCUUGCGCUGUGGAAUGAAGGGUAUAUUAUGGGCUUUAUCAGUAAAGAGCGUGAACGCGCAAUUCUGAGCACCAAGCCGCCUGGGACAUUCCUGCUGAGAUUCAGUGAGAGCAGCAAGGAAGGUGGCAUAACAUUCACCUGGGUGGAGAAAGACAUCAGUGGUAAGACACAGAUUCAGUCAGUAGAGCCGUAUACUAAGCAGCAACUCAACAACAUGUCAUUUGCUGAAAUCAUCAUGGGAUAUAAAAUCAUGGAUGCCACUAACAUCCUAGUGUCCCCUCUGGUUUAUCUGUAUCCUGACAUACCUAAAGAAGAAGCCUUUAGCAAGUACUGUCGCCCAGAGAGCCAGGAACAUCCCGAACCCACUGACCCAGGCACUGCCCCAUAUCUGAAAACAAAGUUCAUUUGCGUUACACCCACAACAUGUAGUAACACAAUAGAUCUGCCCAUGUCUCCGCGGACCUUGGACUCUUUGAUGCAAUUUCCAGGUGAAGGUUCGGAAUCCAGCUCUGGUAACCCAUUUGAGAGUGUAACGUUUGACAUGGAGCUGGCAUCUGAAUGCGCAUCUUCCCCCAUGUGAUCCACCUUUAUCACCAAUGCCCACAAGCUUUCGCCCAAAUUAUUGUAUGACACACAGCUGUCAUAUGCACACUUUGUCCAUUCUGGCCUCCUCUCUGACAUACUGCAAGUGCCUGCUAUUGGGGUCUGAUCAGCUAUGGCGCUAUGGAGUCCAAACACUCCUGAUGAGUGUAACCAGUAUUAAGAAACAACUUGUCAAACAAUCUUCUUUCAUUUGCUUGUGCACUCUGCCUAUUUUGCCAAAGGAGUUUUUAUUGGUUAUAGAUACAGAUGGAAUUGAGUUUAUUGCGUAUUGGGUCACCAUGACACACGAAAACCCCCACCCUCGCCCCUCUAUUUACCUGGAGUUUCUCAAGCUAUGCAAAGCUAAAAUCUGUUACAAGGCAGACUGUUCUUUUUUCUUAGGCAUAGUGCACAACUAUAUUGCUGAAUUUCAGUAACCGUUAUUCAGGAGAGCAAAUUGGUCAGUAAUCCUUUUCUGAAUGAAACGACAAUAUUUCUUUUUUAGAAAAAGACUUUCCUUUACCUGUAAGUAUAGUCUUCUAGAACGUAUUAACCGUAAUCGCACAUACACACUAUGACCACAUAGUAUCUGUGUAUUCUUUUCAAACCAGAAAUAUUUAUGAAUUAGUAAUGGUGCAAUCUUGUGUUUUGUGUGUGUUUUUGUUUUUUUCUUUUUGUUUUUAAACAUAUUUUUAUGGUCAUGUUAAUCUUUGUACGCAUGUCUUGGGUAAUGCUUGUCAAUUUUUGAAUUUUUAAAGAUAUAUAUAAAUAAAUUACUAAAAACAA